ACCUUAAGAAAACCACAUUACAUUAUCAAACGUGAAACUGGAGUAAGAUCUUCUGGACUUACUUUUAAGGACCAAUUAUAAUACACAUUUUCUCUCGGACUUCAACCUACUAGGACUUAUUGUUUUAUGUUCUAUUAAUUUCAACUUGGAUCAGUAAUUCUCUGCGAGGAUUUAUAACUUCAUAAAAGAUAGCAAUGCCUUCUGUCGAUUUUACGGUCAUCGGUCAAUUUGAAGCCAUGGCUAAGGAUCUGGAACUUACUACUGACUCUUCCAAUCCAUGCACGAGACGGGUACCAAUGAACAGUAUGGAUGACUGUAUGCCUCUAAAAUCCGACAUUAAAGAAGAACCAGAUUUCCUUUAUCAGAAUCAUCCUGAGUUGGACUUUAACAACAUCUUUAAUGAACAGUACAGCGACAGCUUCCAGAAACUGAUUCCUACCACGGUCGCUACCCCGCCGCCUUACCCGGCGCCCUCCAACACCGAGGUGUUAGUCCACGCCCCUCAGUACCCUCCCGUCACCCACAGGACAUUCACAGGGGUCAACGCCAGCGGCUGCACUAUGUUCUCCCACCCAGACUACCUGUCCGGCGCAUCAGUGCCCACCGGUAUGGUCGAGAGCAGAGAUCUGCUAGACCUAGACAACCAGAACCAGCAGGAUUCAUUUUACGAGGAGCUGGGCUUAACUAAACCACGCAAUGUCUUGGAUGCCUCUGCCCUCGGCUGGGAAUUCCCCUUUCAGUGCAUGCUGGAGCAACUUCAAGAGGAGCUAAGCCGAAUCGGAGUACCCCGUGAUCCAAUGGAGUGGACGACUGAACACGUCCGCAAAUGGAUCUCUUGGAUAUGCACGAAGAACAAAAAAGCAGACAGCUCUUCCAACGGCAACAUGAGCUUCGCCGAACUCUGUUCUUUGAACAGCAACGAUCUGUUCAGACGCUUUGGCGAGUCUGGACCAUCCAUCAGCAUGGAGAUAGAGCUGUUAAAGUCUGCCAGCAACGUUCCCUCGUGUGUCGGUGUUCAAGACAGCUAUGACUGCGUCACUAUGUCCAGGCAGCAGCUGCAAGACCCUUAUAUGGAGUGCCCACAGAUGUUCUACCCCUGUAGCUCCCCGGCCCCAAGCACCAGCAGUAGCCAUGACAGCAUGUCCACUCUGUCUAACGUCAGUGAGGAUGACAGCAUUCACGGUUCUUCUUAUGCCAAAAAUGUACCCAACAUAGCCAACAAUGAUAACUACAACAGAACUCCAGUCAAAAUGCCAUCUGGUCGUGGACACAAACAGACAAUCCAUUUGUGGCAGUUCCUGAAAGAGCUCCUAUUAUCCAAAGAGAACCACAGCGACUGCAUCAGAUGGUUGGACCGCAAAGCUGGCAUCUUCAAGAUCGAAGACUCCAAGACAGUCGCUAAACUGUGGGGUAACAGGAAGAACAGGCCGGCCAUGAACUAUGACAAGUUGAGUCGUUCUGUCAGGCAGUACUACAAGAAAGGAAUCAUUAAGAAAACAGAGCAGUCUAAAAGAUUGGUCUACCAGUUCUGCAAUGGCUACUUGUGAGAAAGAAACCCAUAAUGCACCUGUCAACUCGCACAAAGGCGGUGGGCAGCUCUGAACUUGCUGCCUUUUUCUUUUUGUCUUGCCUUCAGGCCAACUGGUCAUUUCAAUAUAUACCACAGACGAACUCUUCAUACAAAUGGUGGAGAGAUUCAGUGGAUUUGGCUAGGUCAUAAAGUCAAGGACUUUAAGUUCUAAAACUUUUUGGACUUAAUGCCUGAAGGCUACCCGAUGACAAGCACAAAACAGCAUUGCCAACAUGACAGCAUUGCCCAUUUAACAACAUUGUCCACAUAAAGAAACUUUAGUUAGUUUAUAGUAACCUAUGUAGGUUAGAAGGAAAUCAAUGCACACACACGCGCGCGCGCACUCACACACAGACGAUACACAUUUCUAAAUGUAUUACUGAGAAUUCCCAAUAAGUCCAUCUUAUAAGAACACUGAACGCAACAGCAGGGUGCCAACUCACAACUCUAAAAUGUUAAACACAUCAGAGUGAUGCAAACACACCAGGGUGCUAAACACAAUCAAAGGGUGCUAAUUGACAACCUCAGAGUGCUAACAAGUAUCAAAACAAGGUGCUAACACGUAGUUAAAACAGAGGUUGCCAACACGAACAGAACGCACACAGCCAGUGCAUUUAUUUCACACACAUUUGACAUCAUAAUCAUGUACAUAUUUUGCAUGUUUGGGGAAGAAUGACAGAAGAAAGAGUUGUAAGCAUGGGAGAUAACUACAUUUACACACUCAAACCCAGAGCUGCUGGCCGGCCACAUUCCAUUUUAUACGUGAUACUAUUUUGUACUGUAUAUUAUUAUAGUUGUUGUUUUUUUUUUACUACUUUCUAUUUAUAAUAAAAACACAAGUGUAUAUACAAACUGCUUCCAUGUCAUCUGCCAAAUAAGUUGUUUUUGUUAUUCAAAUGAACUUGCCAGGUUGGCUGCUUAUAUUAAAUAUAAAAUGUUAUUUUACACCAAUGACCUGAAAUGUUAUGUUCAGUUCAAGUGGGGGGUGUUAGCAUGUAUCACGUAGUCAUGAAUUGUCUUUAGAACUCUUACGUUUAAUGUGAACAAUAUUUGUUGACAGAAGCAAUACAGAAACUGUUGCUUUACUGUAGUACAUUUCCACAUAGACCCGCACAUUUCCAGAAGUGAGAAUCCAAAUAACAGAAACGAACCAAAUUUGUUUUACGUUCCAGGAUGCAUGGGACCUGAAACUAGUCUGUUGAGGGCGGAAGUGAGAGGAAGACUUAUAUAAGUUGACUCUAAUACGAUUGUCUGGCAACCAUUGGUUUCUACAUAAGCCCCUGUUCUUUGUUGAAUAUAUGUGUUGUAUUUUACUAUAUGUAAAUAUGUUUAUUUUGUUCUGAUUGUAAAUAAAACAUAUUGAAGUGCUGGCACUUAAACAAAUCCUA